AAUCGCGUGCAAUUGAUUUUUAUAUUAUUGCUGUUUUAUGAGUUGAGAUAGUGGCACUUAGUUAGUGUGGGAUUUUUUCUUCUUCUUACUUUCUCAUUGGGGGGAUCUGCCUGUGGUCUGUGUGAUAAUUUUGAUAAGGGGGUUGGUUGAUUAUUAAUUAUGUUUAUGAUGGUGCAGUGACAGUGUACGAGAGCCCGCGUGUGUGGAUCACAGUGUAGUGCCUUGUGCUGGUGCUUUUGUUAGGGAGAGCGCGGUAUUGAAGGCAUGGUAUCUCAGUCUCACCACAACAACCCAUGGAGUCUGUCUCUGUCGCUUCCGUGCGCUUGUGGAGUCCGUUGUUGCGUGGAUUUUGUGGCGAAAGCCAGUGCAGCACCUCCACGUGCCCUAAAUUCUCGUAGCUUUCGGCCGGUGUUUCGGGGCCGUACCGAAUGCUGGGACCGAGCAUGAGUUUAGUGGCCGCGCCGCUGUGUUGGUGCUGCUCGCUCUUUUCUGAAGAACGCGCGCGGAGAGACCACGAAGGAGGUAAACUGUGGCGCUGUUGGAGCUCUGAACAUCAGUUGAGAGCCAGGCAUUGUGACUUCACCAGAACGACAUCACCCAGUAGUGUGUUUGGUGAAUGGAAAGAAACCACACUGAGUUCCCUAUUGAGGCCCCUUGUGAUUGCACUACACUCCCAAAAUCCCCCCGGAAAGACUUCUUUUCUAUCUUUUUUUGUUUUUUAAAUUUUUUUAACUCUUGUAAUCUCCAGCAAGUCCUGCUGAGGGAAAAGAGAUCCUUUUUGUGUGUUGUGCAACGUAUGAAGUGUGAGUUUUGUGUGUUUAAACCCGGAUUUCCUCGGUAUGUAACACUUCCGCAAGAAAAAAGACCUUAAGGGAUGGUUUUGUAGAAAAUUUCUGCAAAAGGAAUAAAAUGUGUUAAUAAAAAGGAUUCGUCCUUUGAGACUCUAACAAAGUGAUUAAUCCACCGACCACUCCUUUAUACAUCCACCCUAAAAAACAAGAGAGACAGUUUAAAGAUCUUGAAUUCUUGGUGAGCAGUAUAAGAAUUCUUUUCCGCAGUUAAUUCGACAAUCAUCCGAUCUCCGCAAGAUGGUCUACUAUACAGCUCUUCCAUUGAUAAUGCAGACAGAAGCAUCAGCCUCACAGCUGUGUGCCUGUCCAUCGGAUUCCACGGAUGCCGGUCGUCCGUCCACAUCCUCCACCUCACCCAGUCAGUAUCAUCAACUCGCCACAGCGAAUUCAGCAAUGCAUUCAAACUUAGAGGUGCUGCACAGCUACACCCCCGCAGCCACGUAUCAUGUAGUGGGCUCUACUGUACCCCAGAAGCCCCUGCAUGUGCCCCCGCAGCAGCCAAUGGCUCUCCAGCCACCACCGCAGAAGCCCCAGUUUAAGUGUGAACAGUGCAACAUGUGCUUUGGUAGCAAGAGUGCCCACACGAGUCACAUUAAAUCGCACGCGAAGCAAUUCCAGUCGCAGCAAUCGUUGCAGCAACCUAUUGCUGCAACCACGGAUGCUUCAAUGCAAUCUCCCGUGCUAUCAGUGCCCUCAGUGAAUCCUUCUGAUCCCUACCAGUGUGACGUGUGCAAGAAGACAUUCUCAGUGCCAGCCCGAUUGGUGCGUCAUUAUCGUACGCACACGGGUGAGCGACCGUUUGAAUGUGAAUUCUGCCACAAAAUGUUCAGCGUGAAGGAGAAUCUCCAGGUGCACAGACGCAUCCAUACCAAAGAGCGCCCCUACAAAUGCGACGUCUGUGGCAGAGCUUUCGAGCAUAGUGGAAAGCUCCAUCGUCACAUGCGGAUCCACACGGGUGAGAGACCCCACAAAUGUUCCGUUUGCGCCAAGACAUUCAUUCAGUCUGGACAGCUUGUCAUACACAUGAGGACCCACACAGGAGAAAAGCCCUACAAGUGUCCCGUAGAGGGAUGUGGGAAGGGAUUCACAUGUUCCAAGCAACUGAAAGUUCACUCACGUACGCACACAGGUGAAAAGCCCUAUCACUGUGACAUUUGCUUCAGGGACUUUGGCUACAAUCACGUCCUGAAGUUGCAUCGGGUGCAGCAUUACGGUUCCAAGUGCUACAAAUGCACCAUUUGCGAUGAGACGUUUAAGAAUAAGAAGGAAAUGGAGGCACACAUCAAGGGGCAUGCCAAUGAGAUUCCCGAUGAUGAAGAUGUGAAAGUUGUCCCGGAUGCACCUGAAGCACAACCCAUGGAUGAUCGUCUAUCCUCACCAAUGCACGACAUGGAACCCCUGGUGUCAGAUCCGCAUCCCAUGCAGCUGGAUACUCCGCGGGAAUCGAGUUCAGAGACCAAUUCAGACGGCGAUGAUGUGACGUACUACAAUAUGUACUCACGCUUUGAGCAGUCUGUCGUGACAAAUUACGGAGUUCCAGCAUCUGGGGUGAAUCCCGCCCUCUUGGCUGCUGCAUCCAUUGCAGCAGCAGCCACAGCAGCUGGUUUCGAGGACCAAAGCCACAAAAGUUUACCCAUUGUAACCACGGCACCCCAGUCACUACCGCCAGCCACUACGCCCGUACCGCAGAGCUUGACAACGUCGGCAACCUUCUACGAGCCUGCAUCUGUGAUGCGGCAGCACAGCUACUUCACACCCGCGCCUACGGCUAGUGAUUUCAGAUCAUCUCUGGAUUCAGCCAAUGAUCUCGUGAAGCGAGUAGAAGCCGCUCUGGCUGGUACAGAGCCCCUACUGACGCCACCACGCUCCUCCCCUGAGUCCCCUGAGCGAGCAUCUUCCCCUGAAAGUGAUUCAGUUCUACUGAUGGCCGAUCGAGACGUCAUGAGUCUGCCACUGCGGAAGCGCAAACUCUACCUCAAGGAGGAGCAAGAACCCACAAAUAUCAUCCCCAUUGUCACGGAAUCCUCAUCACCUGCCAUGCGGAUAAGUUCAGUCAUUCACUUUGCUAAAGCCUCGUAAGCAUUUUAAUAUUUCCUUCCAUUUAUGAAAAGAAAAAAUCCAUUUUAUUGAGUCAUUGUGCUUUGAGAGAAGCGCACGCAGGAGGACAUUUCCUCAGGAAUAUUAUUGCAUAAAGAGAGAAAUUGAAAAGGGACUAUUCUAAUGAAUAGAUUUUAAUAAUAAUUAAAAGAAGAAAAAGAAUUAUCCAUUAAAGUAGAUUUUAGCAUUUUUUCAUAAUAAAGUAAUAUUUAAAGAUGAACAUAUUGCAGUUAUUUCUAUAAGAUUCAGUGAAAGAAAUUAAUUUAAAGAAAAUAAAAUGAAAUGAUUAAUCUUAAAGCCUGCGAUUUUAUAUUAGAGAGACGAAGAAUUGGAUGGAAGAUUCCCAUUAUUAUAUUAAAAAACUUAUCAACAAAAAAAAACUUUCAAAGAGUCUCCUAUUCUUUAGAGAUUAAGAGCGUGCGCGCGAAAAAAGGAAGAAUGUUGAUGAUGCCAUAGCACAGCAGAACAACAUUUUUUUUGUGUUAAGACUGUCUCAGGAAAAAUAUGGCCAGAUUUAUAACAUUUAAGAUUAUAAAGUAAAUUUAAAAAAAUUGAUAAGAGAGGAAAACUCCUACUAAUAUAAAAAAAAUGGAAAUCUCAAAUGCGGGAAAUUUCUUAUUUUGAGAAGAAUUUCUUGCUGUGAGAUUGUGCCAAUCGAAAAGAUCCGAACGACUGAAACUUUCUCGGCCAGAUGAGAGGAAUUUUUCACAAAGAGCUUUGUCUAUUUGGCUUAUUAGUUGGAUAAUUAAGGUUUAGGUAUUGUUCUAAGCGCCAUCUGUUGGACAAAUUAUUUAGAUUCAAUCUUAGCACAGACACAGAGCUUAAAACAAGAUUGGAAAAUUUUUUAUCGUGUUUUAUAAUAUAAAAUUUAUUAACCUUUUUCAAUUUCAAUUAGAAUUUUUCAUUUAUAUUUUUGAAAUUUUCGCGAAAUUUCACGAAGUCAGAAAAUAUUUAUAUUUGAGUCUUUGCUAAUAAAAUCUCCACCAGAUGGCCAGAAUAGCACCCAAACUACCCAUCUAGAAAAAAAAUCUCAACCAGACAAAGUUCUAAAGAAAGUAAAAGCAAAAAUAAAUUGCAAUUGAAGACUGUAAAAAAACUAUAAACUGCACUUAAAAUGAUUUAAAAAAUAAUAAUCAAUGGCAAUUUGCAAAAUGAGAAUUUCAAGUAAAAAAAAACCCUUUAAGGUUUACUUUAUGAUUAAAAAAAAGAAAAGAAAAGAAAAGAAUAUUCCCUUAAUUGUCCUCUGUGUUGAUGAUUUGCAAGAAGAUUGAUGAAAAAUAGAGUAUCUCCCCAUGAGAAAAUCAAUGAAGUUUUUUAUGAAGAUAAAAAAUGCAAUAAAUAAAAAUUAAUAAAUAAAAACUUUGAAAACACUUUUAGCAGAGAAAAAACCAACAAAGAGAAAGACUGAUUUUAAUUGAAAAAUAAUAAGAAAAAAUUGCACUUGUCGUUUCAUAAGAAAUUCUUCGAAGAGAAAAACGAAAAAGUGUUGAGGGAAAAAAUCAUCAUCACGAAAAUUGAAUUAAAUUAAUUCUCUUUCAUCUAAAAUAUCUAAUUAAUAAUGUAAUUAUUUAGUGAGAUACAAAGGAAAUUUGUUUAGUAAUUCCAAAUUGCGCCAAAGACAUAAAAAAAUCCAACAAAGCAUGUUUUCAAAAAACACCAUCAUUUUUCAUUUUUCGUUAAUAUUAAUGUUUUUUCAUAAUAUACAUUUAUUGCUUUAAGGAAUGUUUUUAAGAUGGAGGUUAAGGAACGUGGAAGGAAGCGUCCUUUUUUGGGUGGAUUGAUUUUUUAUCGCUAUUUGUAGAUUAGAAGAAAAAAUCACUUGUAAAAUAAAUAAAAAAUCAGCAUACAGCAAACACACUGCCAUAGAAAACAGAUUUUUGACGAGAAAAAAAUCAUCAGAAGCAGAUAAAAAAUCUCAAAAAAUAGUAAUUAAAAAAAAAGAAGAAAAGUUGUAUGAUAAAAAUGGCCAGCAAGGAAGAUUUUCUUGUAAUAAAUAUUUCCAAGCAAGUGUGUCAAAGUUUCGGAAGAAUUCGAAAAUUUGACAUUUCCGAAUUCGUGACAUUUUGCUGGAAAAUAUUAAUUUUUAAAAAAAAUCAUAAAUUUCACUGCGAAAAUCAUUCUAAUCCAGAAGGAAAAGAUAUUUUUGUAUAUUAAAUGAAAAAAAGUCACGUGCAAUGCACUCAUAAAGGAAUAGAGAAGAAUAAAAGAAAAUGAAUUUAAUAAAUGCUCUUGCAAACUCAUGUGCAAGACUGUGUGAACGAGAAAAAAAUUGAUAAGGAAUGAUUAACCAAUUCUAGUGAAUUAGUUAAAUAAACAAGCCAUGUGUGUGGAAAAUGCAGAGGGAUUUUCUUUUUAUAAAAAUAUUUUUCCGAAAUAUUGAAAAUAUAAAAUGUCACACAUAAGUGACAUUUGUGGCACAAAUGUCAAACUUCUGUCAAAUGUUGUGUCAAACUCUAAGAUUUUGCCGCGACUUUCAAAUUUUCUCAAUUGAAAGAAAUAUUUUUUUUUAGAAAAGAAAAUCCUUCUGCAUUGCAAAGAUUUUACAUUUACAUGCUAUAGAUUAAAUAUCCAAUGAAAUACCCUACUGUACUAUAAUCUACCCCCCCCCUCUUCCUUUUUACUAGAUGAAUGAUAUAAAAAGAAAAAUAGCUUAAAGGAAAUACCUCGUUAAGGAUGGAACAAGGAGUGUAUUGAAAGUAAAAAAAAAUCUGUUUGUUGUGUAAUGUAAAAAUGAGAAGAAAAAAAGGACAAAGUUUCUGUUGAUUUCGUUGUUUGUGAAAGUGACAAUGGGCGUAAUUUGUUUUCUUACCUCACAUUUUGAAAUAAUAAGAAAAAAAAUACCUAUCACUAAAUAAAAAUCCAAUUUUGCAUAGCAUUUAAUUGAAUGUUUGUGACUUUCCAUUAAAAACUAAUUUAUAUAAAAGAAGAAAAUAAUUAUCCACAAGACAGAGAAUUUGGAAGGAUUAAACGAGUGUGUGAAAUCAUUGUAAUCAAGUAGUGUCAUCCAUUUUCACAUUUCUUUAUUCAUAAAUGAUGAGAAAAAAAGUCAAGAGGAAAUUUCUUUGUGAAUCUUUGAUGAGAGAAAAUCGUUAGAAAUCCCAUAAAUACAUUUUUUGCAAAUCCAACAAGUCCUGCUGAUUUUAUUAAGAAACUGUGUUAGUUUUAAGACUUUAAAUCCUUUAAAUCUUUUUACAUAUCAUGCAUAAUUUUCAGAUCAAAAAUCUUUGCGAAAAUCCCAUUAAUCCCAAGAAUACCAAGGAAAAUCUUAAGAACUUUUAAAUUCUCCAUAAACACUAUAAGUCCUAUAAAUAUUUCACAGUGCUUUUUCAAGUAAGGGAAUAUACCAUAAAUUCCGAAUUUUAUAAUAAAAUUAGGAUUUAUAGAGAAUUUAUAAAAAGUAUUUGAAGGACUUAAGUAAAGAAAAUUGUAGAUUUAUUUUUAACGGGAUGUUACAUAAACCUUUAAAAUUUACAUUGAAAAAUAAAUAUCUUCCGUUAAGGUCUGUAAGUCCUACAAAUCUUUCAAAUAUCCUUUAAGAAUUUUUUUAAAAAAUCUUAUGAAAAUAUUUGAGAACUUUGUAAACUCCACAGAUCCUUUGUAGAUCCUGAAAGUCCCUAAAAUAUUUUACAGUUCAUUGAAAAGCCCUAAAAUCUAGAGAAUUUAGAAAAAGUAUUUGAAGGAUUUGUGGGACUUGACUAAAGAAAAUUUUAGAAUUUUUUUUAACGGGAUGUUGCAUAAACCUUUAAAAUUUACAAUAAAUUUAAAUCUCUUCCGUUAAGGACUGUAAUUCCCGCAAAUCCUUCAAAUAUCCUUUCAAAGUUCCCUAAAAAUUUUAUUAAAAUAUUUGAGAACUUUGUAAACUCCAUAAAUCCUUUGCAAGUCCUGCAAGUCCCACAAAUAUUUUAUAGUUCCUUGAAAAUCCCUAAAAUCUUCCACAAUCCCUAAAAACCCAUUUCAUUCUUAAAAAUUCUUCUUUUUCAAAAAAAAAAAAAAACAAAUAUGGCAAAAAAAUCAAAUGAUUCAUAAAAAAUUUCCUCUUGAGGCUGAAAAAAAGGAACAAGAAAAUAGCGAAUCCCAUAUUUAAAUCUUUAAGCCUCCCCUUAUAACGCAUUUAUAAUAAAGGACGAAAAAAAUA